AUCAGCCUGUAGUGUGGUUUUCCACUUUAAUUUUGAGUGUGACUCCAAAUCCAGACCUCCAUGGAUUGAUAAAUUGGAUUUCCAUUGAUUAUUUUUGUGUGAUUUUGUUGUCAGCACAUUCAACUAUGUAAAGAAAAAAGUAUUUAAUAAUAUUAUUUCUUUCAUUCAGAUCUAGGAUGUGUUGUUUAAGUGUUCCCUUUAUUUUUUUGAGCAGUAUAUAUCAGUAUUGCAGCUACUGUAUGUGAAUGAAUCGUGAUGAAUUGUAAAUGUGUGGGCUGUUUGUUUUGUAUCGAGCAUACAUUAGUCAUCGUAGUGGGUCCAGUCCAAACAACAGGGAAGCAGAAUGAUGACUGAGUAGCCACUACUUACAGUUGGAAGAGAACAGGACGGCUGUCAGUAUACCCAGUAGCCACUACUUACAGUUGGAAGAGAACAGGACGGCUGUCAGUAUGCCCAGUAGCCACUACUUACAGUUGGAAGAGAACAGGACGGCUGUCAGUAUACCCAGUAGCCACUACUUACAGUUGGAAGAGAACAGGACGGCUGUCAGUAUGCCCAGUAGCCACUACUUACAGCUGGAAGAGAACAGGACGGCUGUCAGUAUGCCCAGUAGCCACUACUUACAGUUGGAAGAGAACAGGACGGCUGUCAGUAUACCCAGUAGCCACUACUUACAGUUGGAAGAGAACAGGACGGCUGUCAGUAUACCCAGUAGCCACUACUUACAGUUGGAAGAGAACAGGACGGCUGUCAGUAUACCCAGUAGCCACUACUUACAGUUGGAAGAGAACAGGACGGCUGUCAGUAUGCCCAGUAGCCACUACUUACAGCUGGAAGAGAACAGGACGGCUGUCAGUAUGCCCAGUAGCCACUACUCACAGUUGGAAGAGAACAGGACGGCUGUCAGUAUGCCCAGUAGCCACUACUCACAGUUGGAAGAGAACAGGACGGCUGUCAGUAUUCCCAGUAGCCACUACUUACAGUUGGAAGAGAACAGGACGGCUGUCAGUAUUCCCAGUAGCCACUACUUACAGUUGGAAGAGAACAGGACGGCUGUCAGUAUGCCCAGUAGCCACUACAUACAGUUGGAAGAGAACAGGACGACUGUCAGUAUGCCCAGUAGCCACUACUUACAGUUGGAAGAGAACAGGACGGCUGUCAGUAUACCCAGUAGCCACUACUUACAGUUGGAAGAGAACAGGACGGCUGUCAGUAUUCCCAGUAGCCACUACUUACAGUUGGAAGAGAACAGGACGGCUGUCAGUAUACCCAGUAGCCACUACUUACAGUUGGAAGAGAACAGGACGGCUGUCAGUAUUCCCAGUAGCCACUACUCACAGUUGGAAGAGAACAGGACGGCUGUCAGUAUGCCCAGUAGCCACUACUUACAGUUGGAAGAGAACAGGACGGCUGUCAGUAUACCCAGUAGCCACUACUUACAGUUGGAAGAGAACAGGACGGCUGUCAGUAUUCCCAGUAGCCACUACUCACAGUUGGAAGAGAACAGGACGGCUGUCAGUAUUCCCAGUAGCCACUACUUACAGUUGGAAGAGAACAGGACGGCUGUCAGUAUACCCAGUAGCCACUACUCACAGUUGGAAGAGAACAGGACGGCUGUCAGAGUACCCAGUAGCCACUGGCAUGCAGGGUUCUUCUUGUCCUUCUUUAUGUGUCUCAGGAAGUAUAGCAUACCUAGGGAGAUGGUGUUUAAUGGGCUCAUUUAUCAUCCAUGGCUUUCCAGCCAUUGAUGUAGUGACAGAGACCAAAUUGAUUGAUUGAUACACUGCUACCUGUAGCUUUUGAUAAGGAUCAUGCCUGAGGCCAGCCAACCUACAGAGCAUGCUCAGUACGAGCAGGAAAUGACAUAGCACUUAUAAGUUAUGUCUCAAAGGGCCCCCCUAUUCCUUAUAUAGUUAAGCAAUAAGGCCCGAGGAGGUGUGGUAUAUGGCCAAUAUACCACGGCUAAGGGCUGUUCUUAAGCACGACACAACGCGGAGUGCCUGGGUACAGCCCUUAGCCGUGCUAUAUUGGCCAUAUGUCACAAACCCCUGAGGAGCCUUAUUGCUAUUAUAAACUGGUUACAGUCGUAAUUAGGGCAGUAAAACUAAAUGUUUUGUCAUACCUGUGGUAUACGGUCUGAUAUACCAUGGCUUUCAGCCAAUCAAAAUUCAGGGCUCAAACCAUCUAGUUUAUAAUUCUAUAUACUGCACUACAGUACAUAGGGAAUACGGUGCCAUUUGAGAUGCAUAAUAUUACUAAGAGAAGGAAGAACUGUAAUGCCAAUGGGAAGUAACGCAGCUAAAACCACACUGCAACACCAACACCAAUGUGUGCUGAGUCUGACACAACAUACUUGUAUUGCUGUGGCUCUGCUGUUCAAUACAACGGAACACAGCUGUGUAUCUGCCGUUCAAUACAACGGAACACAGCUGUGGAUCUGCAGUUCAAUACAACGGAACACAGCUGUGGGUCUGCCGUUCAAUACAACGGAACACAGCUGUGGAUCUGCCGUUCAAUACAACGGAACACAGCUGUGGAUCUGCCGUUCAAUACAAUGGAACACAGCUGUGGAUCUGCCGUUCAAUACAACGGAACACAGCUGUGGAUCUUCCAGCUGUGGAUCUGCCGUUCAAUACAACGGAACACAGCUGUGGAUCUGCCGUUCAAUACAACGGAACACAGCUGUGGAUCUGCCGUUCAAUAUAACGGAACACAGCUGUGUAUCUGCUGUUCAAUACAUCCAGUAAAGGGGUUUAUUGUUUAAGCCCCCCACAGCACUACUGUUGUUGUUGGUACUGUAUGUUGAAUAUCACUGUACCCGCAUGCAGUGUUGUAAAGUACUUAAGUAAAAAUACUUUAAAGUACUACUUAAGUUGUUUUUUGGGGUAUCUGUACUUUACUUUACUAUUUAUAUUUUCGACUACUUUUACUCCACUAAAUUCCUGAAGAAAAUAAUGUACUUUUUACUCCAUACAUUUUCCCUGACACCCAAAAGUACUCAUUACAUUUUGAAUGCUUAGCAGGACAGGAAAAUGUUCUAAUUCAUGCACUUAUCAAGAAAACAUUCCCAGGUCAUCCCUACUGCCUCUGAUCUGGCAGAUUCACUAAAAACAAAAGCUUAGUUUGAAAAUGAUGUCUGAGUGUCCCUGGCUAUCCGUAAAUUAAAAAAGCAAGAAAAUCGUGCUGUCUGGUUUGCUUAAUAUAAAGGAAUUUGAAAUGAUUUAUACUUUUACUUUUACUUUUGAUACUUAAGUAUAUUUUAGCAAUUACAUUUAUUUUUGAUACUUAAGUACGUUUAAAACGAAAUACUUUUAGACUUUUACUCAAGUGGUAUUUUACUGGGUGACUUUCACUUUUACCUGAGUCAUUUUCUUUUAAGGUAUCUUUACUUUUUACUCAAGUAUGACAAAUGUGUACUUUUUCCACCACUGCCAACAUGCAUAUCUCUUCACAUACUGUACCAUGUUGAAAGGGCUCUGUGUGUGAAUGAUAUUAGAUUUUACAGUAAUGAUUCAAUCCAAUGAAGGUUGUGAUAUAAGGUAAUUUCUACCCAUAUCAAUGUAUCUUACUGUAUAACUACAGGGUAUACACUGCUUGCAGUAAAUGUGCAUUUUAAAACUGUUAUCAUUCUUUUGGAGUUCCAGUGGAACACAGGCCUAACCUGUACCAACGGGUCAGAGGUCUACCCUGUACCAACGGGUCAGAGGUCUACCCUGUACCAACGGGUCAGAGGUCUACCCUGUACCAACGGGCCAGAGGUCUACCCUGUACCAACGGGCCAGAGGUCUACCCUGUACCAACGGGUCAGAGGUCUACCCUGUACCAACGGGUCAGAGGUCUACCCUGUCACAAUGGGUUCUACACCUGUUGGGUCUGGCUAAUUUCCUCCCAGUUUGUCUAUUUCCAUUGAUUGAAUCAGAAAACCCACAGUCAUGGAUGGUGGUGGUGCGUCACUGAAAUCUCACAUACAGUCUGGUAGAAUGUAAAUGAUUAUAUGAUACUUUAUUAUAUUGGAGUGCAGUGUGUGGGCGUAUUGAGCAGGUUAUGGUUGCCUCCUUCCCGGUUUAAUAGACCCUUACCUAAGAGGAGAAGUGUUCAUAUGGCCUGUUGAAUGUAGCCAGGACAUCAUGUAGACUGGGUUAUGAGUCCCAAAUGGCACCCUAUUCCCUUAAUAGUGCACUACUUUUUUUUUACCAGAGGCCUUAUGGGGUCUGGUCAAAACAAGUGCACUGUAUAAGGAAUAGGGUACCGUUUGGGACUCGGAAACUGUCUGUCUGUCAAUCCUGUUUCACUGUCUGGCCACAAACAUCCACAUCCCCUCUAUCGUCACCGUCACAGCAUUCACAAAGCAGCUUUUGAACCAUCAUUAUUGACGUGUGCUUCCAUAUUUAAUCAGAACUGAUUGUAUUGUUUCUAUAGCUCUGUCAAACUGCACCCAUUAAAGCAUUUUUCUAUUUGGUUUUCUUCAUGUUAUUUUUUUUGUUGCAUUGUAUUUAAAUAAACAUGAUUGCUGUGAACAGUACACCAUACAGCUGUAACCUGUUUAAACACCAUCUUAAAUGUUCAGUAGUUAAAUCAAUGUCUCUAUUUGAGUGUUGGAGUGAAGCAUAAACAGUUGGUGUACACUAAACACAUUGUCAAUUGAUAUUAAAUAAACGUGGAACUUAUGAAACACGA